AUGCCCGCCAAGAAGCGCUGCCAACUCCAAGCUGAACCCCGAUGCAACUCGGCCGUUCUUCGUCUCGUCGGACAAUGCCCACAUUGUCGAGCAGAGUUUUGCGGUGCGCACCGCAUGCCUGAGCAUCACAAUUGCCAGAACCUGGAGAGCUGUCGACAACAGGCCUUCGAGAAGAACAAGGCGAAGCUGGAGAGUGAACGGACGGUAGCGUCCAAGAUGGCGAUGGCAUGA